UCGCAAAGCAGCGUAUCAUUUUGAGAAGCAACAUGUGUCGUAUCAGUAUUCUCUUGUUACUUGCCUGCUACGGAGCUAUGAGCGCCGUCGUUGAUGUGCCGAAGUAUAAGAUGCUGGAUGGCAGGGAGAUGCCAGCUAUCGGUCUUGGCACCUACCUAGGAUUUGAUAAGGGUGGUGCAGUCACAUCCAAGGACAAACAGCUUCGCAAUGUCGUAAUGGAGGCCAUAGACGUUGGGUAUAGACACUUCGACACUGCUGCCAUCUACAAUACUGAGAGUGAAGUAGGCGAGGCUAUUCGAAUGAAGAUAGAGGAGGGAGUGAUAAAGAGAGAAGAUGUUUUCCUUACUACUAAGCUAUGGAACACCCACCACAAACGCGAGGAAGUUAUUAUUGCCAUGAAGGAGACCCUCAACAAGACUGGACUAGACUACGUGGACCUGUUCCUCAUGCACUGGCCUAUUGGAGUUAACGCUGACUACACCCAUUCUGACACAGAUUUCAUGGAGACCUGGCAUGCCAUGGAAGACAUGGUCAAGCUAGGAUUCACCAAGUCCAUCGGCUUAUCAAACUUCAAUAAAAUGCAGAUCCAGAGAGUCCUGAAUGAGGGCACCAUCAAACCAGCCGCUUUGCAAAUUGAGGUGCAAAUAAUGGCAAUUUUUUUAUCCUUUUUAGUCUUAGUAGUUAACUGGUAUCUCCAUCUUAUGGUUCAUCCUCAGAUCAUACAAGAAGAGCUGAUCGCCUUCGCCAAGGCGGAAGGUAUUGUUGUAAUGGGCUACAGUCCUUUCGGCUCCCUCGUCAUGAGAUUUGGCAUGGAGUUCCCUGGGCCCAAAAUGGAUGACCCAGUUCUUACCUCGUUGGCCCAGAAAUACGGGAAAACUCCUGCCCAAAUCGUCUUGCGGUGGUUGGUCGACAGGAACGUAGUCCCGAUCCCGAAAACAGUUAAUCCAAAAAGACUGAUGGAAAACAUUAACAUAUUCGAUUUUAAAUUGGAAGAAGAUGAAAUCGAGAAGAUCAAUCAAUUCGAUUCUAACACUCGGUACACUUUACCGUCAUUCUGGCAAACACACCCAUAUUAUCCGUUUGAGCAGAUACCUAACCCCAUCCCUGAUCCAUUUAGGUCUUAAAUUAAGGCCUAAAUAGAGACUAUAAUUUGAAGUUGAAUUAACAUCUAGGUAGAAGGUAAUGAUUACAUUAAAAAAAUCAACUUCGUAAUCUGUCACAGAUUAAAUAUUGGCGCGGAAUUUCAAAAGCACCUGAAUUUAUUUA